CCGCGCGCCGUGUUUUCGACCCUCCCUGCCAUCUUUUCCUCCAGGGAAUCGUUUUAACGGAGAGGCAGGGCAUCGUCAAAACUUCUUCCGACACGGAAUGCCCAAUAUUCGGGUCACUGUCAAGGCGAAGGUGAGAUUUUCUAUUCGUCGGAACUCAACAGACGAUUUCUCGCAUCUUAGAACGUCUGGAGAGAGGAAUAGCUCUCCAACCUGUCAUUGGUUGUAUUUAUAUUAAGGUGGUGGAAAAAGUUUGGGAAUUGUUUUUUUCUUUUCAACAUUGAACUUAAAUCACUUAGGGAGUAGUGAGUUAUUGUGACUGACAGUAUGGAUUGGAUUUCAUCGGUGUUGUGCAUUAUAGUGAUUGCACUGACGCAAAGUGCGCAAUCGCAAUCCGUGCGUUUAAACCCUUUCGGAGGAUACUCUGAUUCAAGCUUUGACCAACUUACUGAUUUUAGCAUCAAUCAAGGAUCUUAUAUUCCAAGCUUACAAGCCUCUUCGCUUUACUCUUUAAUGGGGGAUGACUCUUUUACGAACAUAGGGGGAUUUCCUUCGUUAAAUCCACAGAUGCUACCUUUUGCUAAUCCCCUAUCACCAGUACUUCCUCAAAUAACACUAUCAGCAGCAGCGUCGACUCCAAUGAAUACGAAAAGUAAUGUUCGGUCUCCAAAUUUUAAUUCUUACCCACCUCGGACUGGUCAAGGCUAUCCUAAAAAGAGAGGUGUAACUUUGGACAUUAGAGGAGGAGGUUAUAAAUUGGAACAACAAGGCGCUAGACCAUAUAAAGCUCCAAUAGCGGAAAGUUCUGUACAAAACCCACAGAGAGUGAAUAGUGGAAAAUAUAAUGGGUUAAACAAUCCUAAACCAAAUAGUGGUCCUCCUAGAAAUAGAAAACCUAAUCAGCGCCCAAGAGGUCCUAAUAUUAAAAACCCUCACUACAAUGGAAAAUUUGAAUCACCAUUGGCUUCAAUACCUCCAAACGUAGAGUUUGUAAAUCCGAAAAAUGUUUUGCCGUUUCAUCCUCGCAUUUAUAAACCAUUCAUGCAACAAAAUAAGCAGUUUACAUCCCAGAUACAGAGCCAAAAUAAUCAAAAACGAUCUAAAGCACCAUCGAGAAAACCAAAUGCUGGCAACUUAAAUUCCCAUCAAAGGAACCCGUAUAGCUCUGGGUAUAAUUCUGGUAGUUCGCCACCAAAACCCACAAGAAAUAGAGGAAAUCCUUUUGUCUCACCACUUGCUUCGUCUCAAAGUUAUUCACCUAAUUAUCAACUCCAAGAGAGCCAAUUUCCUAAUUCUCCAUCCACUUCAUCUCAAUUUGGAAUGCAACCGCAACAAACCAGUGAUUAUUUCCAAAACAAACCGCUCUACAGCGAAGAUUUACUAAACCAAGACCCUAGUUUUUAUGGUAUGCUAAGUCAAACUCCAGAAGGUCGAGCAGUUCUUAGUCAAAUGAAGCAUCAGCAAAAAAAGAGUUCUCAUUCGAGCCAAAAACCACAGAGUGCGCCCUCAUUUACAAAACCACCAACUCCUCAAGAUUUCAUGAAUGUCAAGGCUUUGUUAACCGGUGAAAACCUUUCCUCGUUUAAUAGUGGCACAGAACAUCAAAACGCACCCUCAAGUCAAUCAUCUUACCACGGAAAUUACGGAACUGAUAGUAACAGUCAAAGUCAAAAAACACCAAAUCCGCCAAUCGAUUACCAGCAAAUGUUAAUGUAUUAUCAACAGCAACAACAAUCAGCAGCAAUACCUAAACCAUCCUCCUCUUACCAAUCAGUAAAUGGAGACUUUUCUUCAUCACUUUCAAACGGGCAACCGAAUUAUUCUUUGAAUCAGAAUCAAUUCUCGGGUGUUCAAACAAAAAACAACCCUUACGGGCAGCAAACAUCAAACGUGCCCCACCAUGAUUUUAUACCCCAAGGAGCUGGCAGUAUAACCUAUGAUAACCCUUACAGCAAUGGUAAUUCUCCAUUUAAUAAUGCAAAUGUAAAUUCUUUUAGGAACACUAACAAGCAGUCCAACCAAAUUAACAUCAAAGACAUGGAUCAGACCCAAUUUACACUACCACCAUUUUCCCCAACCGAUCCUCUAGCCUCUGUCGAUACCAAUAAGGAUCUUCGCGACUAUUAUGCCUAUCAGCACACAGUUGCAAAUCUAAAAUCCCCUACUUAUUCGAAUGAUGAAAGUGUAGCCAUUUCGUCUCACAGUGAACCUUCAGCAAUACACGAAAUUUCUCCUUACCAGCCUGAUGAGAAGAAAGUCACUGAAUAUGAAGUUGUGGUGCAAAAAGACAAUUCGAAAUCUCAUACUUCCGGUUAUAUGACUCCGGAGCAAUUGUUUGCUCCCCAAAGUACAGGCUUACAGAGUGAUUUGAAAUACGGAUAUCCUUCACACUCAGACUCGUCGCAAUCCGCAUCGUCAACUUCUUUCAGUCAAGAAUCUGCUGAAGGCAACGGAGGAAAAUCCAGCAAGGAUGAACAAAGGGAGGGAAGCGACAGAGCUGCUCUGCAUCUACCAGAAGACGUGUCCAUCUAUGUUGCCCGGCAAACGGAAAAUCCUUAUGUGUAUGAGUACACCGAAGCCUACGAUCCGUUUGCUUUCGACGGAUCAGACAAGUCCAAUAUCGAUCACCAAUCUUCUAAGGAAACGGAAGUAAUCACUGCUCAUCGGGAACCUGAAUCCGACGAUGCAUUUCAAGAAAGGAUUAAAGAAAUACAUAAACUUUUAACAAAAGCACCCAAGAACACUUACAUGGUGAAUCCCACCGAGCCUGCGUUUGUCCGUCCCACUUCAUCUCCAUUUUUCAAGAAAGACAGCGACAAAGGUGAAAUGAAGAACCACAAGAACACACACUCAUACGUUUAUCAAUAUUCUCCUUCUGAGAAACAAACAGCAAAGGUGUCUCCCUGGCAGAGUUGGAAACCGAAUGCUUCUCGAUAUCACUUGCCGAUACCCGAUGCCAAACCUCAACUCACGACAACGUCUGCUCCAACAACGACGACGACCACCGCACAACCAACCACUACAACUUACGCCACAACGGAAUCUCCAGUUGAGAGUCCAUCCGCCUAUUCCACAACUUCUUAUUACUAUGAUGGAGACACACCAGUUUGUGCCAAACACAACAACUUGACUUAUUGCUUACAAGAUCCUGAAUACCCAAAAGAUAAAAUCAAAGAAGCAAUCGAACAAAACAGGCAUCCACUGGACCAUUUUCUGGUGGACAUUAGCGCAUCCUCCAACGUUGUUGAUGAUAGUUUGAAUAAAGUAUUCGAAAACUCUGUACCGCUGCAGUCUACAGCAGUUUCGUAUUCCUUCGAAGGUAAAGCAAUCGCACCAACGCCAAACGAAAUCAGCAAUUCUUCUGGGUGUACUUCCAACAUUUACUACGCCAAACCUUUAAGAGCAAUCAACACUGCCGGACAAUGGAAAAUUAUUGUAAAUGUGGAAUUUGAAGAAACUGGCGCAAACUACACUCAAACAGUGAGAAUAGAAGAAUGCAACUAUUCGUAUGGAUUCGUCGCCACUUGUGGUACAGAAACUAUCUCAGCCUGCCUGCAACAAUACAAACUAUACAGACUACUUGCCUGGGAACCACAUCGAGGAUUUUAUAUCGACGCCUUCUUGCUACCCAUAUCAUGUUUCUGUGGAAGCCAUGACACACAUAAAAGAUAAUUAGUAAAUAUUCUAACAGUUCACAGAAAUAUCGGAUGCAGUUUACAACAGAACCACGGAGAUAAUUUUGCAGGCGAGAUGUGCAUUUGAAUAAAUUUAUCUGUUUCGGAAUGAAAUGAGUUACACAAGAUAAUAAUUAGAAUGUGACAUUCUUUUAUGAAAAAAUACUGGAUUAAACAAUGAACGUUUCUUUUUUUUAUCUUGAACAAGUUUUGUGCUAUAUAAACACUUAUUUUUGCUUUUUUAAUGUUUGUAAUAUGUCUCUUAAGCAAUACAAUAGACUUAUACAUUUAUGAAAUGACUAUAAAUUUAAACAGUAAAACUAGAAUGUACUUUUAGAAUGUUUAAAAUUCAAAAAAAUGUCAAAAAUGCGUUGUAUUAUUAGCACAGGACAUAAAAACAUUUGUGCCCACCGUAAUAUAUUUAAUUUUAUAAUAUGCUUUCAAAUUCAUUUGAAAAGGAAAUCAUGUGAUUAUGAACAUUUAAAAACUAAGAACUCUUGAUUUGAAAUACAAUACAUAUCUUUCUUUGACCAUUAAAUAUUGUGUUGAUUACUAACACGACACGAUCAACAUAUGAUUGAGUUAAUUACUAACACAUUAAGCUUAUACUGUCUUAAACCGAAAAUUAUAAACUCGACUCCUCUUUCCCAUUAAGAGAACUCUUUAAAAUAAUAAUGGUAGUAUAAAAGAUGCAUAUUUUUUAUUUUUAAUAUAUGUUUGCUCAAAAUGCAAUUAUCAAACUUUUAACUAGAUUUAACGAGGUUCCUCUCAAAUUAUUUUAAUAUGAUUAAUUUACAAUUCCAAUAUUAAAAUAUUUAAAAAAAAAGGUAAAUACGCAGGGUAUGCUUUUAUUUAAAAACGAAUGGCAAACAAGAUUUUAUAAUGUUGAAAUCUCAUUUGAAAACUUAAAAGUAUCAACGAUUUUCUUGGUCUUUUUAUCUAAACUUAUCUUGGAGUAUGCAUUUUUAUUACUAUUCUGGUGUAUACAUUAAAAAAAAUGAAUAUAUAUCUAUAUAUAUAUGAGUUGUCACUAAUUGAAAUUUGAUACCUGAUUAUAUUUUUAUUCAAAAUCGAAUGGCAAAACAAGAUUUUCGCUACUUUUUUAUUUAAACUUACCUUGCGUAUACGUUUUUAUUGUUAUUAUUCUAGUGUUUACAUUUAGAAAAAAGUAAUAUAUGUAUAUAUGAGAGAAAGUGUUGCCACUAAUUGAAACUUUAUAUCUGAUUACUAUUUGAUUCUAUUAUUCUAGUGUCAGAGGUACAGAAACAUACUGUUUGAAAUUAUUGUAAAUGCAAAAUGUUAUUUUUUUAAAUGUAUAUAGUUUGAUAAAUGUUUGCGUUUUCUAUUAAAAAUAUAUGUAUAAAAAAUUUACAAUUAUUUUCAGAGAAUAUAUACAUAGAUUAUUUUAAUGAAAGAAUUUUUGUAUUUAUAAUUUUAAAAAUGGUCUGUGAAAAGAAAUUUUACAUUGAUCUCAGGUGACUUAAGAUUGCAGCAUAUACAAGAAUUUAUGCACAAAAGAUACACAAUCUUGUAAAAUUUAUUAUAGAGCCAUAUUUUGUUAUUAUGAAUAUGUAUUUAAUGCUGACUUAUUGAAUAUGUCUGCAAAUUGUUUACAAAUAAUUUUGGUAUAGCAGGCCUAUAACAAAUAAAUUUUAUGAUUGCAAA